GGUGAUUCGGAGUAAUCUGAGACUGACGAGGGCUAUCUUUUGAUGGAUGAGAGACUGAAAGAGGAGAUAGAGGGAGAUCUGUCUUCCAUGUCAUAGAGGUUAGCAAGGUCUGCAGAAGAAGCAGGAAGUGGAAGGAACGCGCUGGUGCGGAGAGAUGUGUCAGUCUGGAAGGAGCUAACAGCAUCGCACCUGGCCUCUGGUUCCUUUCUCAUGCAGUGACAUGGAGCAAUGGAUUAUGGAUUGGCAAGGAAUGUACAGUUUAGGAGUCUGCUGAAAAUCAUCUACAUCCUUCCAACUGUGGCUUAUGGUCAGAUGCUCCCUUUGGAAGAUACAAAGUAUGAGGAGCAAGUGGUCAAGGGGGUCCGUGAUCGCUCGGUCCUGCUGGCCUGUGGGGACGUCGUCUCGCCAAUGAUUGUCUUCUGGAGUUUCACCAGGCUGGGCUCGCUCAUCCCCAGAGCUGUGGCCAUCAGUAAUGGCCUAGACUCCAAGGUGGAGAAGUCCUCUGCGGUUCUAGGGGAUGUGACCUUAAGGAACAGCACCCUGGAGAUAGAGAACCUGAAGAAGGCAGCGGAAGGGCACUUCAUGUGCCAAGUGAUGUACGAAGAGGAAGGGGAGAUCAAAGUGGCUUAUUUCUAUAUUGAGCUCAUUGUUUUGAUCCCUGUUUCAAAGCCCUUCCUACAGAUGAAUGACUCAACGCCUGUGGAAGACAUGCCUGUAUUGAUGGUUUGCACAGUGAAAGAGGGCACGCCUCCAGUUGAGUUUUCCUGGCAGCGCUACACCAAUCGAGACGGUAUGGUAGCCAUCACAGAAGCAGUCGGUGGUUUCUUGAACCUUACAUCUACUAAUAGGACUCACAUGGGAUGGUAUACCUGCACAGCCCACAAUGAAGUCAAUAGCCAAACCAGCGAUCAGAUGUACCUUGAUGUGAUCUAUGGUCCUGAUGAACCAGUGAUCAGUGUGGAGCCAUUUGCUGUCAACCAACAUGGCUUCUUGGCCAAUGAACAGGAAGAGGUGAUCAUGACCUGCCUGGCUCUUUCUAACCCGCCCAGCCAUUACAUUUGGUUCUACAACAGCUCUCAAGUCCAUUCAGGUCAGAAGUACGUGAUUCCCAGGAUCUUGCGGACCCAAACAGGCAUCUACACUUGCUUGGCCCAGAAUUUGCAUUUGAAUACCCGAACUCAGACCGCCAUCAUUUUAACAGUCUAUUAUUUGCCUCAAGGAAAGCCCAGCUGCAUACCGCUGCCAGCUGCCAAUUUCCGAGACCUUGCUCUACACUGUUCGUGGCAGGGGGGCUUCCCACCGGUGCGGCUGCAGUGGGUCAAAUCCAGAAAGGAAGGAAACCAUAUGGCAACCUACUCCAACAUAACCCAGAUUCACCGGGGCAUGGAUGUCCACAAUGGGACCUCAUACACUUGCCUGGCUUCCCACCCUGCGCUGAAAAAGGAUGCCAUCUGCAGGACCACAGUGUGGGUUCCAGGUGGGAGCCCAUCAUGCAGUGCAGUGGCAACGAAGCAGAAUGAGUUCCUUAUGCUGACCUGUGACUGGGCAGGUGGAGAGCCCCGGGUGACCCUUUGGUGGAGAGACUGGAGGGACCAUGUCUUGGGUGGGCUGAAGCAAUCCCACAACAUCUUCGUCAUGAAAUCCAACACCACUCUAGGGGGCAAGGAAUUCACCUGUAUGGCUGCUCAUCCUCUUCGGGCAAAAACUGCCAAGUGCCAUGUCCGACUGGAACCUCCCAGACUUGUAGUGGAGAGAUCCAAGGUGACACUCUUUGAAGGCAAUGGGGUCCAGUUGGCUUGUCACCUCCUAACGGCUUAUCUGGGCUCAGAAGUCUUCUGGUACAACAACAAGAACCAAGUCAUUAGAUCUGAUGCCAAGAAAUACAGACUGCAGAAGGAGAAUGCUUGGUUCAACUUGACCUUGCAGGAUACAGAGUGGAUGAAGGACAGUGGCAUUUAUCGUUGCGCUGCCAUCAAUGCCGUGGGCAAUGCCUCUGCCUUUGUCAACCUGCAAGUUAAGAAGUAUCCCACUCCACCGAAUGUGACCAUUAGCAAGCUGAUGUACAUGCGUCACCGCACGGAGGUGGAACUGGAGUGGCAAACCCAAGGCUCAGGGAACCUGACUGGCUUUGUGGUUCAGAGGCGAGAGGCCAAAAAGGCCACCAAAAAGCAGCUGGAUAUCUCCUGGGAAAUAGUAGCUAGUGAUAUUGACCCAGAUACUCGUGACCAGAAACUGGGCGGAUUAGAUCCUGCGGUGGUGUAUGCGUUCCGCAUCUUGGCUGUCAACCAUCGUACCACUGGGCACCCCUCGGAGGUGAAGACACCAGCUGACCCUCCUUUCAAUGCUUACCCUGCUGUGAUUGGGGCUGGCGUGGCCGGAAUGAUUGUCGCAACAAUCACAUCCCUUCUGGUUUUCCAGUACAUCGUCCGCAACCGGGAGAACAACCCAAGGUUGCAUGACCUCCUCUUCAGAAUGGCUGGUGCAGAAGCUCGUGAACACAUCAGUACUCCAGAGGAUGCUGAGACAGCGGUGGGGCCAGAUGUUGAAGUCAGCGAGCAGGUUGGGGAGCCUUCCACUGCAGCAUCUGGGGAAGCAUCUGCAGAGCUUAGUUCAGAGGACACUACCGGAGGCCCAGAGGAUCCUGCAGCAGCCCCAACUCGAGAACCCACGGCUGUUGAUGAUCCAGUUAAUGUUACAAUCACAGUAACAGCAACUCCGUGACUGCUGGGAAAUCUGAUUUCAUGGGCGUCAGUUCAGGAUAACUUAUGGAGUGCUUUUUUUCAGCACCAGGGAAGGAUAGUGAUAUGGGAAGAAACUGUAGGGCUCAUGAGGAUGUCCAUCUGGGCCUUGAACUGGGCAAGAACUGUCCUCUCACUUGUCCUGUUGUUUCUACAUCUUGGGGAAGGAG